AUGGCGAUCACAGAGGGCCAAAAAAGACUACUACCUUUUGGGUUUCCAAAAUUAAAGUACAAGUUCAAGACAGCCACAGAAACAGACCGGUACAUUUUCUAUGAUGUCAAAUUCUACCCCUAUGCGUCGCCUCCUAACGAUGAGCCUAUCUUCGCAAUGGUCAGCCAGAAAAAGGUGUACAUCGGUCAACUCUCCGCGUCAGGUAAUAGCUUGGUCACCUUCCAUCACGAGUUGAUCGAUGAGCAAGAGGAAAAUGAUCCAAAUUCUUUGGGACUGAAUUCCUGCACCUGGUGCUAUAUUGAUCAACAUGAACCCCUCCUUGCCGUUGCAGGUGGCUCAGGGCAGCUCAAGCUGAUCAAUGCCGCCGAAGGGACAUUUUUUACGGCUUUGACUGGGCAUGGAUAUGGUACAAUCAACGACAUGGCUACGCACCCAUUCUAUCCCUGGAUUGUCGCGACCGCUUCGAUGGAUAAGAGCCUUCGAAUCUGGGAUAUUCGACGGCAUGCCAAUCCACACGAUUCUCCAACCAUUGUGAUAUGCGGUCAAGCUACAGGCCACUGUGAAGGUGUUCUGACAGUAUCGUGGCACCCUUGCGGGCGAUAUAUCAUAACCGGAGGCCACGACCAACGAGUUUGCGUGUGGACUAUUCCAGAUCUUGACGACAAAUCCAAAUUCUGGCAAGAGAUCUCCUCGACGCAGAGAAAGAGGAGUUCUCAGGAGGUCAGAACCAUUUAUUAUCCCCAUUUUGUCAGCUCAGCAGUGCACUCCAAUUUUGUGGAUUGUAUCAGAUUCUUUGGAGAUCUAGUAAUGUCCAAGGCUGCGAACGAAAGUAAGAUUGUCAUUUGGAAAAUCACCGGCUUUGAUUCUCGGAGACCACCGCCCAAUUCUGACACGGCUCCGAAGACAGAGGAACACCUGGACACCAGGAACGGAUUCAUUCGUAAGGCGACAAGGGAAAGUGAUGGGGGUGUUGUGACCAUCGAUGUAGCCGAGGAGUAUCAAGGAGAACCACUCUACGAACGACUUCUAGAACUCGAAACUCCCAGGAGCGAGCAAUUCUAUCUCCGCUUCGGCCUCUUGAUGCCUGCGACUCACUAUCCAAACUUACACCCAAUGGUGGCGUUUGGGAAUACAUUGUCAGAGCUUAGGUUUUGGGACCUGGAGAGACUAUCCCUGGGCCAUGCUAGGGAAGAGAACAAGUCCAUUGCAGCAGCAAGAAAAAGAAACCACAAAGGAAUCGCGCGCCCGAUCAAGCCGGCGGAUCGGGUUGGUCGACUCAGCACCACACCUCAGUUGAGGGAGUCACCGUUGUCCUCAGCAUCAUAUAACAGCUCAUCAGCAUGGCCACGCCAGAACUCAACCGAGGCGACCAGCGAAAUCUCGGAUGAAGUGGGAGCACCACAAGGAAAUGGUCGAGAUCGUGAAAAAUAUCCCAUCCAUGAACCACACAAACCUAUCAAAGCACAUUCGAAGAUCUCACUUAUUGAACUUCAAUUUAAGAAUAUGGCGUUCACCACCAGGGGAGCGGACUGGAGCCCUUGUGGGAGGUGGUGUGUGAUCGUGGGCGAGAGUGCUGGACACGAGGGCGGUGUGGGCUGCUUUGCGGUAUUCCAUCGGUCGUUGUGA